GAAUCUUUGAACUUGGCUUUGUUGGAUAUUAGAAAAUCGCAAUCGCACCAAAGACAGAAAGUGAUGGCAUAAAAUAUGGCUCAGUUUUAUUACAAAUGUAAAGGUAAUAAUUCUCACUUCCAAGAUCGGAUCCCUCUUCGCAUUGUCCGCUCAGAGUCUGAACUCUCCCCACAUGAGAAAGCCUACCUGACUUCAGUGGAGAAAGGUGAUUACGCCAGCGUGAAGCAAGCACUUGAAGAAGCGGAAAUUUAUUUCAAAAUCAAUAUAAAUUGCAUUGACCCCUUAGGAAGAACCGCUCUAUUAAUUGCUAUUGAAAAUGAAAACCUUGAACUUAUCGAACUAUUGCUAAGCUUUAACGUCUAUGUGGGAGACGCUUUAUUACACGCUAUAAGGAAAGAAGUGGUUGGAGCAGUUGAGUUACUAUUAAAUCACAAAAAGCCAAGUGGAGAAAAACAGGUUCCCCCCAUACUUUUGGAUAAGCAGUUCUCUGAAUUCACUCCGGACAUCACCCCAAUCAUUUUGGCAGCUCAUACAAACAAUUAUGAAAUAAUAAAGCUUCUUGUUCAAAAAGGAGUCUCGAUCCCCAGGCCACACGAGGUCCGCUGUAACUGUGUGGAGUGUGUUUCUGGAUCUGAUGUGGACAGUUUACGGCACUCUCGAUCAAGACUUAACAUCUACAGGGCAUUGGCGAGCCCCUCUUUAAUAUCGCUGUCAAGUGAAGAUCCUUUUCUCACAGCAUUUCAACUGAGCUGGGAGCUACAAGAACUAAGCAAAGUAGAAAAUGAGUUUAAAUCUGAGUAUGAGGAGCUAUCCAAGCAAUGUAAGCAAUUUGCUAAGGACCUGCUGGAUCAGACAAGGAGCUCAAGAGAGUUGGAACUAAUCCUCAACUACAGGGAUGAAGGUGGAAUACUGGAAGAACAGAGUGGUAAUGACCUUGCCCGAUUAAAAUUGGCAAUUAAGUAUCAUCAGAAAGAGUUUGUCGCUCAGCCUAACUGUCAGCAGCUCCUUGCUUCCCGCUGGUAUGAUGAAUUAUCAGGCUGGAGGAGACGACAUUGGGCAGUGAAGAUGGUGACAUGUGUAAUAAUAGGACUACUUUUUCCUAUCUUCUCUGCUUGUUACUUGAUAGCUCCCAAAAGCAACCUCGGACUUUUUAUUAGGAAACCAUUCAUCAAAUUCAUCUGCCACACUGCAUCACAUCUGACGUUCCUGUGCUUCCUACUAAGUGCUUCACAAAAUGGAGGAAACUUAAACAAACCUGGCCCUAAACCAGAAGUCAUUGAAUGGAUAAUAUUACCGUGGGUUUUGGGUAUCAUAUGGGCUGAAAUCAAACAGAUGUGGGAUGGAGGAUUUCAAGAUUACAUCCAUGACUGGUGGAACUUAAUGGAUUUCGUCAUGAAUUCAUUAUACUUGGCAACUAUUUCAUUAAAAAUUGUUGCAUAUUGUCAGUACAAUGACUUGAUAGGACUUGAACGUAAGAAAUGGGAAACGUGGCAUCCAACCCUGGUAGCAGAAGCGUUAUUUUCUAUAGCGAAUAUUUUUAGCUCCUUGAGAUUGAUCUCGUUGUUCACAGCCAACUCUCACCUGGGUCCUCUGCAGAUCUCUCUAGGAAGAAUGCUGUUAGACAUUUUAAAAUUUCUCUUCAUAUACUGUCUUGUAUUACUGGCAUUUGCAAACGGAUUAAAUCAAUUAUACUUCAAUUAUGAUACAAGUAAAGAAAAACCCAUGAACUGUAAUGGCAUUCGAUGUGAAAAGCAAAACAACGCCUUCUCCACGUUAUUUGAAACAUUGCAGUCACUGUUUUGGUCAAUUUUUGGACUCAUCAAUCUUCAUGUUACAAAUGUAGAACCUGAUCAUAAAUUCACAGAAUUUGUUGGUGCAACCAUGUUUGGAACCUACAAUGUAAUCUCCCUGGUCGUUCUUCUUAACAUGCUAAUUGCCAUGAUGAACAACUCCUACCAACUCAUUGCUGAUCACGCAGAUAUUGAAUGGAAGUUUGCAAGAACAAAGCUCUGGAUGAGUUACUUUGAAGAAGGUGGGACACUUCCCACACCUUUCAAUAUAAUUCCAAGUCCUAAGUCGCUGUGGUACCUUUGUAAAUGGGCUCGGAAACAAAUAUGCAAGAAGUACACAAAAAAAAAGCCUAAAAGUUUUGGGACAUUAGGGAGAAGAGCAGCUGAUAAUCUUCGAAGACACAAUCAAUAUCAGGAGGUUAUGAGGAAUCUUGUUAAGAGAUAUGUUGCUGCAAUGAUCAGGGAUGCUAAGACUGAAGAAGGGUUAACAGAAGAAAACUUUAAGGAACUAAAGCAAGAUAUUUCGAGUUUCCGUUUUGAAGUCUUGGGUUUGUUAAAGGGAAACAAGUUAAAUCUUCACAACACUAAAAUGUACAAUGUAUCAGAGGAAGCAGAAGAGAAAUGUAAACCCAGGGAUAAUAAAAGUAGAACGCAGGAGAGCAGCCUCAGCUUCUAUAACAUAACCACGAUGAUUCGUCCUCGAUUGGGAGACAUAACAACCGAUAAGCAUAACAAUGUGAGCAAUGGCUCUGCUUUGUUAGCUUCAAUAACUGCCAAGGAAAAGCAGAAGAAAAUUCAAUUCGCCAAAGACACAAAAAGCUUUGGGCUUUUUCACAGAAACAAAACUACUAGCACAGAACAGAGUUCUACUAAAAUUUACUCCGUUUCUGAGGAAAUUUUGGAGCCAGAAAUAUCUAGCCCAACAGAAAAAACAUCGACACCCAUAAAAAGCCAAGAACUUACCUCUGAAUUAAAUGUUAACAAACUGGAUGAACAAUGCAAAGUAACUCAAUGUGACAUGGACACCUUGGAAUGUCAACCAUCAGAGCCUUCUGCCAGUGGCCACAGUGUAGUAGGGCAAAGUCAAUCAGAUAAAGGCAAACACACGUUCAGCAAAGAGCUAAAGUCCGAAACAAAGAGCACACAAGAAGAACCCUCCACAGAAGAAGAUACCAUAACAAGACUGUGA